GAUCAACAGAUUGCAUAUGCUAUUCAACUGUUGGCAUUUCUGAUCCAGUAACAUCAGCUCUUCAUAUUAUUGUAGGUGACUGUCAGCCUCUGGAUGUCUCUUCUGUACAUCAUAACAACACAUUUUUGAAGUACUAUGUAUCAUUGCUGGGUUACGGUUUUUAUGGAGAUAUAUUAAAAGAUAGUGAAAAGAAGCGGUGGAUGGGUCCGAUGAGAUAUGACUACUCAGGCUUCAAGACUUUUCUUUCUCAUCAUUACUAUGAAGGAACAAUUUCUUUUCAACCAGCAAAACACACAUUGGGAUCUCCGCGAGAUAAAGAAAGCUGCAGAACAGGAUGUUACAUUUGCAAGAAAAGUGAGCAACAGCUGGCAGAACAGCACAAGGAAUGUGGAUUAAAACAUGAAGAAGAUGAAGAAUGGAAGGUUAUUAAAGGGAAAUUUCUAGCCAUCAAUGCAGUAAAUAUGAGCUGUGCCUGUCCACGAACUCCAAAAGGUCUUUCACCAGCAGCUCAUUUGGCAGAUGGUUCAGCCGACCUCAUUCUCGUUCGUAAAUGCUCCAGAUUUGAUUUUCUGCGGUAUCUUGUUAGACAUACAAACCAAGAUGAUCAGUUUGACUUCUCAUUUGUACAUGUUUAUCGGGUGAAGAGUUUUCAAUUUACAUCAAAGCUUUCAGAGGACAAUGAAAGCAAUGUCACGGACAUAGGAAAGAAACGUUUUGGCCAGUUCUGCAGAGAUCAUCCAGCCUGUUGCUGCAAUAUUGCUAGUAGCACCUGGAAUUGCGAUGGAGAAACUCUGGACAGUUCAGCAAUUGAAGUGAGGGUUCACUGCCAGUUAAUGAAACUAUUUGCAAGGGGAAUCGAGGAAAACUGUAAAGAUGAAGCUGCCUACAGCCAUAGUAGUGUUGAACAGUUGCUAUAGACAUUGUUCCUCCAAUGGGGAGAAGAAAAAAUAGAAGCUCAAGGAAAUUGAGUAAAUAUGCAUUUUAGUCAAAUUGACAAGUAUUUUAAAAUUUUAGAUUUUUUUUUUGAUGGCUUCAGUAUAAUUUUAGACAUCUUAUUGCAUUGCAUCAUUUUUUAAAAACGUAGUUAUUAAACUAUAUCUUGGAGCAAUGUAAUUUAAGUUAUGUUAGAAAAGAGAGGCGUAUGUAUAUGUAUUCACAAUGAUAAAUUCUCUGUGCUUCUCUAGAGAGCUAAUUUAGCAGUUGUGUUGCAAUAAUAUCUAAAUGUUAUAAACCAUUGGACUUGCCAUUGUCAUCAAACCCAAGAUAUCAAGACAAGAUGUUUUCAGUGUCUGAGAAGAUGUUUUCUUCUGGGAGUGUUAUGUAGUUGCAUGUGGCUUAAAUGGUGGACAACACUGUUGCCAUUCUCAUAUUUUUUUUUUUUAGUAAAAUCUUCAAUUUUGUUAUUCUGACUAUACCUUGCAACUUAUCAAUGCAAUUCAAACACACAUUCCUGGCUUUAAGUAAUAACAAUAAGAGUACAGAAAUACCUUGAAAAAUAUAAGCACAUCUGUAUAGAGAUCAUACCUUAUCCUAUAUAUUCUAUUUAUAAAGGCUUCCUUGCAUGAUGCUUUUUGGGAUUAUGAAGGGGUUUGUGACUGUUUGGAUGAUACCAAAUACCACACACAGCAACUGAAAUGUCUUGCAAGGAACUCGCAGGGAUACUUAUAAUACCAGGAAGGCACAGGCAAAGGAAAAUAUAAAUAUCUUCUGAAACACCAGCAAGUUUUAAAAUUUUUUUUUAAAUAUCUAAAAUUAGCAUAUGAAAAGCUUCCCUCUUCAGUACACAAUUCUUUGGAAAUUCUGCUACAUACGUUAAAAUGUCUUUGCAAAAUAAGAUGUUGGAAUAUUAAGUUUAAAAAUAUGAUUUGAUGAUUAAAGGUUUUUAAAGUAAUGUUUAUUUAACUAAAUAUGAAACAAAAUUUGUUUUGUGAAGUCAAGGGAAGAAACUGGCAUCUGAUAAAUCAAGAAUUCACUGUGCUGAUUUGUUUUUAUAGCAAAAACCAUUAGACUAUCAUGUAUAGCUAUGGAGUGAUUAUUUAAGUUGUGUAUGGAUUUGUGCAUUGUGACACACACGUUCUGUGUCUAGGCUUGGGGCUAAAUUUUGGUUUUCUCGUACGCAUUUAUUCCUGUUUGAGGAUCAGAAGUUAGCCCCUGCUCUCUUCUGUCUUUUCUUAAGUGUGUAGUUCUCCUUAAAACUCAUUGCUUCUGAGGGUUUUUUUGUGUCUGAACAGCUAAUGAUCCUCUACUCACGCGUAUUUACUGACACUUCUGUCAUUCAGCUUGUAUUAGUUUUAAGUCUCUCAUGUACUUGCUCUGUGUAAGCCAUGGUGAUCAGUCAGUUUAUUACUGAAAUGCUUGAAAAUUGUUAUAAAUGGCAGAUACUUUUUUUUUCUAUUGCAAUUAUUUACAUUCCAGUUUUGUGUAAUAUCAAAAUGGCGUGCUAUAUCUGUGCUGCAAACUAUUAUUCAUACAGCUCUAUGUGACAAAAAAGCACUUGCAAAUGAUACUUGCUUAAAGUACAGUCAUACAAAGUUUAGGAUCUGUUUUUUGUUAUGUAGUAUUUCAGGGAAAUACUUGAAUACUUUUCCAAAAGUGCUGCUGUUUACUUUCCUUAUUAAUGCAAUGAGUUGAAACGUUGAUUGAUCCAAUGUUUUUCAGACCUUUGUAACAUAAGUGUUAUGUAUACUGUGUUUUUAAAGCCAUGUUUAGUAAGUGAAAUAGGACUUUUGACCUAAGAGCCUAACCUCAUUGAAAAUGAGAUUAUGUAGUUCUACAAAUGCAAAUACUUUUUUAAAGUGUUGUUUGUUCAAAAAGUUCUACAGUUAUUUUGGUCUAUCCAUGAAUAUUGUGAGAGAACCCAGGCCUCAAGUUACUGUAAUUCUUGUGCGGGACAUGAUGGUGCACACUCAGCUCACCCACAGAUGAGAGCAUUUCUGAGGCAUUACAGCUAUCCAGAGCACAUUUUCACAAAUGAGAACGGGGUAAAUAAUAACCAGCUCUUUCUGUUAGUUUACUAGCAAGUCAUGAGAACCCUUACUUGAAAAAUGGAGGCUUAAUCUUGUUGUGAAUGUAUAUUCAAAUGCUUUGAAUAUUUUUAAUAUCUGAAACUGAGUGCUUGGUGUUUCCAAAGAAAGCCACAGCGAAGGCCCUGUUUCUGAGAAACAAGCCACUGGAAAAGAAGGAGAAAAGAUUGUUCUGUAGCAUGGUAAUGAAGUGUGAAGUAAAUAAUAAAGGUGUUGCAACAUAAAAAAAAUGCAAAGGUCUUAGGUAAUAGAAAAGCUGCAUAGUUGCAUUUGAAUAAUUCUAUUUGUAGCAUAUUAUGCUAGCGAAGCACCAUGUGUGAGUUGUGUGACGUGUCCAGUUUAUUUUUUAAGAAGAGAGCUGCGUAAGUAAUGUCUGCUUACAUUUUAAUUCUAGGGGUUUUUUUCCUCUGAAUGUAGUCUCAGUAUGGAAAUUAUGUAUAGGAAAACCAAGUUCGAUUUUCCUUUUUUUCCCAAUCUUGCUGGCUUCAAGAUUAGAAAAUGUGUUCUCUUUU